GAUUGCAUUGAUGCAGGCUGGUGGGAAGGAGAACUCAAUGGCAGGCGUGGAGUGUUUCCAGAUAACUUUGUCAAGCUUCUUCCUGAUUUUGAAAAAGAGAGACCUAAGAAACCACCACCUCCGUCAGCUCCUGUCACCAAACAAGGGUCAGGUACCACAGACAGAAAACAUGAAAUCAAAAAGGUACCUCCUGAAAGGCCAGAAUGUCUUCCUAAUCGAACAGAGGAGAAAGAAAGACCAGAAAGAGAGCAAAAACUGGUAGAUUUGCACAAGCCUUCAGUCCCUGCUAUACCUCCGAAGAAACCUCGACCACCAAAAACGAACUCUCUGAACAAACCUGGUACAUUGCCCCCAAGACGACCUGAAAGACCAGCUGUGCCUCUGACGCAUACAAGGAAUGAUAGUACAAAAGUAGAGUUAGUGAGCAGUACGGUAUCCGGAAUCUUGGAGAAGGACUCCUCAGAAAGAAGCAGUGACAUUGAUCUGGAAGGUUUUGACUCUGUAGUACCAGUUGCUGAGAAGCUCAAUCAUCCAACUACAACCAGACCAAAAGCUACUGGCAGACGACCUCCAUCCCAGUCACUCACAUCUUCCUCCCUUUCAAGUCCUGAUUUCUUUGACUCACCAAGCCCUGAAGAGGAAAAGGAAGAACAUGUGUCCAUUAUACAUAAAGCAACUGAAGUGUCAAAGAAAACAAAGACUGUUACAAUAUCACAAGUGUCUGAUAAUAAAACUUCAUUGCCUCCAAAACCAGGGGGUUUGACUAGUGGGAGUAAUAUACAAGCAUCAUUAUCCUCCUCAUCCUCACCUGCACUUCAUUCAGUUACUGUGGGAACAACAGGCCAUAGGUCAAAUUCCCCGUCUUUGUUCAGUACUGAAGGAAAGCCAAAGACUGAGCUCUCAAGCCAAGGUCCGGCAGCCUUGGAGGAGCUGAGGAUACAAGUUAAGGAGCUAAGAACUAUCGUUGAGACAAUGAAAGACCAGCAAAAAAAAGAGAUUAAACAGUUGUUGUCUGAAUUGGAUGAAGAAAAAAAGAUCCGUCUACGAUUACAGAUGGAAGUUAACGACAUAAAGAAAAUUCUUCAAUCAAAAUGAAUACUUGAUAGGUGGAAUGUUACAUUAUUCAUCAUGACUGAGACUCAAAUUUAUGCCCCAGCCAAAAUAACUUUGUGCCAAAUGAUUUAAGAAUUGCCUCAAUAUCCCUUUGUUUGAAGGAUUA